UGAUAAACUAACACAGAAUGUAUAUAAAGUAUGUGUUGGGUCUUUGGGCCACAUUUCACAAACAAAAUGAAGGCCAUUCUCUUAUCCAGUCUCUUCACGGUUUUACUGAACAGAACAUGGGCACAGUAUAUACCGAACAACAUAAAUAACAACAUCGGUCCGUACCCUGGCACGCCGUUUGGCAACACUCUGGGCCCUGGCAACCCACUCGGCGCUGCCAACCCUCUCGGCCUUGCCAACCCUCUCGGCCCUACCAACCCAGUGCUAAACAACAUACAAGUGACCCCCACGCUGCAGGAGAUCGUGCCAGCGCUUCAGUUCGGCGACAUCAACAUGGCAGGGGAGAUGCCAAUCGGUGGCACGAUCAAAGUGCGGGGCUGCUUCCCCGUGUAUGGCAUCGUCGGAGUCGACGGCAUCGUGCCAUCGCUUGGCAGCGCCAUAGUCACCGAAGUGAUUGGCAACCAGGUGUUAGAUGUUGUAAAUAAGUGUGCCAAUCAGUUAGUAAGCUAACAUUUAUCGAGUUUAUUGUGUAAAUUAGAUGUAAUGUUAUCGUAAGUUAGUGUAAGAUGUUAAUAAAAUGUUACGAAAUCAA